UUCGUUGUCCAGGAGUUGAAGGCACUAGGGAAGAUAUUUCCGCAAGAGUUAGGCUGAGGCGGUUAGCCAUUGCACGCCAGUUGUCCGAGGAAAUGCCCAUAUAGAGUAGAGGGAGAAAGAGAGCAGGAGAGAGGUGAGAAUGGGAGGAGUUCAGAAGGGUAUGGGAUUGGAGGCGAAAGUGGAGGCGAAAGUGGAGGAAGGAGAUGAGGAGGUGACGUGGGAGAAGUUGCUGCUUAGGGCACCGGUGAGAGUUCUUCUGGUGGAGAGAGACGAUUCCACAAGGCAGAUCAUCGCUGCUCUGCUGCGCAAAUGUGGUUAUAGAGUUACGGUAGCAUCUGAUGGAUUGAAGGCAUGGGAGAUGGUGAGGGAGAAAGAACAUAAUAUCGACCUUGUUCUUACAGAGGUUGAAUUACCUGAGAUGUCUGGAGUUGUUCUUCUAACCAUGAUGAUGGAUCGAGACAGCUGUAACCACAUACCUGUUAUAAUGAUGUCAUCAAAUGAUUCAGUUAGCAUAGCUUUCAAAUGCAUGAUAAAAGGUGCAGCAGACUUCCUUGUGAAGCCUAUCAGGAAGAAUGAAUUAAAAAAUAUAUGGCAGCAUGUUUGGAGGAAACAAAAGGAUGGAAUUGGUGCAACCCGGAAUAAGAUGGCUGACUUACUUUAUGAUCGCAGUUCAAUUAAAAAUGCAACUGAUAAGCAGGAUGAUAUGGAUUGUUGCGAGAAAGAAAGUGAUGCUCAGAGCUCUUGUACAAGGUCAGAUAUGGAGGUUGAGAGUCCAUGCAAGCUACGAAACAAUGCAGAGCUUAUUCUUGCACAACACAAACAUUUCCCUCUUUUUCCUGAGACAAUAAGUUCUGAUAAUCAGUUCGAAAAACGGUUGGAUGGCUUGUCUUUAUUUCCAAAUGAUGAAGUAAACGGAGUUAUAUCAUUAGGUAGUAAUAAUCAACCAGAAGAAAAGAGUAAUUACGAAGAGCUGGACCGGGAUGAGUCUUCUACAGGGAUGUUUAAUUUGAUUGAUGUAAUUAAUAAUCAGCCGCCGCAUAUUUCUGUUUCUGAGAAAUCUCGUGACAAUUUUGAUGGAAAUCAUCCUGUUGAAGAAAACUUGGAAACGAAGCAGGGUUCCAUACUUUCGCUUGAACUUUCCUUGGAUGUAUGCUCACGUAAUAUUCCCGAUUGUAAAGAAAACGAUGGAUCAAAUACGUUACAUCAUUCAAAUUCCUCAGCUUUUUCUCUUUACAGUAAUAACAGUACGGAUAUUCCUAAGUUGUCUAAACUAACCGAUUCUCAAGCUCAAAACAAUGGAAGUUCCAACAGUUCAGUUGAACCGCCCCCAUAUCAUCCUGCCGCCAAUUCUUCGCAUUAUAAUGCUUCCAUUCCUGAAACAGAUGCUGCUUUUCGAUGCACUCCUAUUCGACUCAUCCCCUUCCCCGUCCCCGUCGGCGACACAUGCUUCGCUUCCACCGGAUCUAAUCCCUUCUUACAGUCCAUCUUCUACCAUCCAUCACCUUCUCCUUUCUGGUCCGCCAUGCCGGCCAUCAGUCAGGAAGCUUACACUGAAACCCAUUCCCAUCAGUUUGGUUUUCAUACUUUAUCGGAAGAAGUUCAUUCUCCCAAAAGUUUGGGCUUUCAAGUUCAACCAUGGCAUGAAGGAGGAGCUGAGAUUGUUGAUGAGCAGAGGCAUGUUUCUCCUGUGACCGGAGAUAGCGCUAGUGUGUGCAAUGAUAGCAGAUAUAAUAUGAAUGAGAAUGGAUCAGCUGGAGAUGAGGACGGAUUUCAGAAGUUUGGGGAAAUGGAGGGAGCUGAUCGGUGCCGGUUGAACCAGAGAGAAGCUGCGUUGAAGAAAUUCCGGAUGAAGAGAAAGGAAAGAUGUUUUGAGAAGAAGGUGCGGUACUUGAGCAGGAAAAAGCUAGCCGAGCAACGCCCUAGAGUUAAGGGACAGUUUGUCCGUCAAGCUUAAAGGAACCCACCUGUACAGUCAGAUCACUCGGUGGCCCCACAGCCUGGGUGUAGUUAGAUGUCUUCUUUGAGUUUUAUACCAAUGGCUGUACUGCUGAGAUUUAACCAUGGUUAGUUUAGGUUAGGUUAAGUUAGAGUCUGAGCUGAAGUUUCUAACUCUAUGCUAUGUACAUGUCUUGGUUUCCUAUGAAAAUCUCACAGGUUUUAGAUUUAGAGUGAUGUGUUGGGAGAGUUUAUAGCAGUUUUUUUUAACAUGGUCGGAUCAUAGAUAUUGAACUCUAUAAUGCUGUAUAUGUUGCAAUUUUUUUUUUUUUUUUUGGACAAUGUUUGCGUGCGCUGGAAAGGGUUUGAGCUGUAAUUUCUAGUU